AUGGAUAUCAACCAGCAAUUCUCACCAGGGCUACUGUCUUUCACCGACCAGUCCGACUUUGACUACGGCGCAUUCCUCCAAGGCGACGAGAUCGGCUUUCCGGAGAGUGUCCAGGGCAACGUAACCAAUGCUGGCGGCUUCUCAGACGACUCGGGUAAAGCAACCCCGCCGAGUUCAGAUAACCGGAGCACCUCGAAUGCGAGCACCGAGGUUGUGAGCCGGGUCCCAGCACAGAAGCAGAGGUUGGAAAGAAGAGGCCACACCAAGAGUCGUAGGGGAUGCUACAACUGCAAGAGAAGGCGUAUCAAGUGCCAGGAGACACGUCCAGCUUGCGGCCACUGCGCGAAGACAGGCCUCAAGUGUGAAUAUCCCGCUCUGCCCCAAAUAGUCCACCAGCCGCACCACCAGAUCCCGCUGUUCAGUCUUCAAGACAUGCGCUUCUUUCAGCAUUUCUUGACGCAAUGCUACCCCCACCACCCCCUGAAACAAGAAGAGAUUUGGACGCACGAGAUUCCUUGUAUCGCGCACAACUAUGAGUUCCUUAUGCACGCUCUCCUUGGGUUCUCAGCGUCACAACUGAUCGCGUCCGACCCUAGCGUGACCACGUCAGCUAUGAACCACCGCAUCAAGGCAAUCAAGGCUAUCAAGAAGCGGUUGGCGGAGACGUCCAAGACGACCAUAACAUACGAGGAGGCCAACGCCAUGGUGGCAACCUGCUACGCCUUGACCUUCCAGUCCGUCAGCCUCGAAGACGGGCUUGCCGAGUACAUGACCUUUAUCCGCGGCAUUAUGAUCGUGGGGAUGCAGAUGAUGUUUCGUGGGAUUCAACCAAUCUUUGGAAACAUGAUGGAGCAGGAGCAGGACGCCGUCCUCGAGCCACUUAUGGAGAAUCUACCCCUCAUUCAGAAAACCUGGGCUGACACUGCUUUGGAAGCCGUCACAAACUUAAAGGCGUUGUGCCUCGAACAGAUAGAACUUGAGUAUCAGCAGUCGCUCGUUGAAAUCGUGCAAAAUCUCUACAUCAACUCUUGGGAUGCAUACAAAUCGUACACCAAGCAGUACGGAUGGUGGAUGCUCCUCCCGCACAACUCGUUCCAGGAGCUCAUCAACCCCAACAACCAGGUCAUGCUCUUGCUACACGCGCACUGGAUCUCGCUCAACGAGAUAAUGACAUUCAUCACGCAGCAAGAGCUGCAGGCGCGGGAGAAGCCGCCGACUCCCCGAGAAGGCCAGGCGGAUAUUGAUCCUGGGUUCCAUCGGUGGCUUAGGUAUAUCAAUUCGCACGUGGACUAUGAACACCAAAUGUACAACCAGUGGCCGCUUUGGGUGGAGGAUCGGCAGAACCAGGAUAUCACGUUCUUCGGCAAGACUGGCUAG